AUGUCUUGGGCUGGAUUCAAGAAAAAUGUUAACCGGGCCACGACCCAGGUGAUGAUGAAGACGGGACAUGUAGAGAAGACGAAUGAUCGUGAUUAUGAGGUUGAGGAGCGGAGAUACCGGACAAUGGAGGCCGCGUCCAUGCGAUUGCAGAAGGAAGCAAAGGGAUAUUUGGAUUCUUUACGAGCCAUGACUGCCUCCCAAAUGCGUAUUGCAGAAACGAUUGAUGCUUUCUACGGUGAUGCUGGUACAAAGGAUGGAGUGAGUAGGAGUUACAAGCAGGCAGUGGAGGAUCUGGAUGCGGAGACAAUCAAGGCGCUUGAUGGCCCAUACCGAACGACUGUUUUGGAGCCGAUCUCUAGAUUUUGCGCCUACUUCCCAGACAUCAACGAAUGUAUCAAGAAAAGGAACCACAAACUCCUAGACUACGACGCGAUGCGCGCAAAGGUCAAGAAGCUUGUCGAGAAACCCGACAAGGACGUCACCAAGCUCCCCCGCGCCGAGAAGGAAACCGAGAUGGCAAAAGCCGCCUACGAGCAACUGAACGAGCAGCUCUCCACCGAACUCCCUCAAGUCAUCGACCUGCGCGUACCAUAUCUCGACCCCAGUUUCGAGGCCCUGGUCAAGAUCCAGCUACGGUUCUGUGCGGAGGCGUACUCAAGAAUGGCGCAGGUUCAGCAGUACUUGGAUGCGGAUACGAGGGAGCAGUAUGCGCAGGGACAUCUGGAUAGUCGGGUUGAGGAGGUGUUGCAGGAGAUUAGGGAUUUGAGCAUUAGUGGGACGGUUUGA